AUGUUGUCAUUCAUUCAGCGAGUCCAGACUCCUACUUGGCUGGAUCUCUCUAAGCUGUCCAAGACGCCACAGGUGACCACGGUUGAAGUCCUUGAGAACAGCGGCACUGAUGAUGGUUUAUUUGAGACACCUCAGAAAAAACAUCGAUCAACACCGAAGCUAGAGAGCCCGUACUACGAUGAUGUAGCCUUUGCUCGAAUUCUCGACUUGUAUCUGUCGCCUGAGAUCAAGAAGCAUGCCGAAGGCGAACUCUCUGUAUUCGCCGAUGCUGCGGUCUCUGAGCAAGUGAUGAAUUGGAUUGCAGAGACCGAGCGCCAUUCUGUGCACGUUCAGCAUUGGGAUGGCUGGGGAGAGAAGAAAAACGAGCUCGUCACGAGCCAAGGUUGGAAGUAUCUAUGGCGACUUGGAAUAUCCGAACGACUGGCUGCUUUGCCUUCUCUUGCCAAUGAGUAUGAAGGCUACGCAAGAAUGAUCCAGAUGUUGAAGGGCCACUUAUUUGCCCCGUCUUCUGCGACAUGCAUAUUCCACCUGAUCUUGUCGGAUGGCGUUGCUGCUCUCCUACUGACACAUUUACGCGGUUCAAAGAUCGAUAAACCAACGCGAGCAUUGUUUCAGCACGCCUAUGACAGGCUCACAUCCGCCGAUGAUCAAAAAGGAUGGACUUCCGGGCUGUGGAUGACCGAGCGUGGCGGCGGCAGUGAUUUGACGCCCACCGAGACUACAGCCACCUACUCUCCGCUCAGCAAGGACGACAACUCCAGGGAUGCGGACGGAUUUCCUCUUGGACCCUGGGUACUGGACGGUCUCAAGUGGUUCUCCACGGGUACCGAAGCGUCCAUGGCAAUCGCUGUCGCGCGAACACCCAACGGUUUGAGCACAUUCUACGUCCCGAUGCGUCGCGCAGUCACCGUGAACGGGGUUGACGGGGUCGAGCUUAACGGCGUCCGUAUCCGACGCAUCAAGAAGAAAGUAGGCACGCAUCCGUUACCUACCUCAGAGCUCGAGCUUAAGGGCAUGCGCGGGUGGCUGAUCGGCAAGGAGGGCAAGGGCAUUAACGAGAUCGGUGUCGUGCUCAAUAUCACGCGCAUCCAUCUGGCCGUGGGCGUACUUGGCUACGCGGGGCGGUCUCUCUCAGCUGCUCGCGCGUUUGCAAGGGUGCGUAAGGUUGCCCGCGGUACUCAGCUUAGCAGCGUGCCGCUUCAUAUGAAGUCGCUCGCGAAGGCCCACGUUGCUUACCGCGCGCAGAUGGCGCUGGCAUUUUUUGUCGUAGCGCUACUAGCCAAGCACGAGCAACAGCAAGUCAGCUCGCCAGUCGAUCUCGUACCCAAGAGCUCACAGGACGCCUCAUGUCUGCUGCGACUGUUAGGCUCCGUCGCAAAGGCGUCUGCGGCAAUGUAUGCCUGUAGCGCAGCGCAAGUCGGUAUGGAGUCUCUUGGUGGCGUCGGCUACCUAGAAAAUGAUGAGAUGGACUUCAAUGUCGCGCGUCUCUGGCGAGAUUCUGCUGCGACGUUGAUUGGGGAAGGCACCACGGACGUUCUUGCCACAGAUGUCGUCAAGGUUCUGAAGGGCAAGAUCGGCUCGUACGUAAUGGCGGCUUUCGGUCGGUGGAUCAGGUCUUCGUUGCCCAAGAAAGAGUCCAUGGCACCCGAGGCGGCGAUCCUGUCCGAACAGUGGUCAGAAUUUCAAAAGGCUAUAUCAUCGAGCACACUGGAAUAUCUUACCAUGAAUGGGCGCGAGAUCAUGGAUCGGGUUUGCAAGAUGAGCGCCGGCGUUCUGCUUCUUGCCGAUGCGGCGCGUGAUGACAACCCUGUAGCGAUGGAAGUAGCUCGUCGUUGGAUACGGCCGACUGCCUUGUUGAGCGGUUUGAGCGUCGAACAAGAACUCAAACUUGACCAGCAGAUUGUAUUUGGUAAUCAGCCAACAUGGGUAGGUCUGCCAUGA